AUGGAAUUGAAUGUCAAGCUUCGCAAAGAGGAGGGUGAUUUACUUGUUGAUCCCAGUUUAUACUGGAAGUUGGUAGGUAGUCUUGUCUACCUCACCAUUACUAGACCGGAUAUUUCCUUUGUAGUACAGCAAGUCAGCCAAUUUCUUCAGACCCCUCGUCAUCUUCAUUUGGCUGCUGUCCGUAGGAUCAUAAGCUAUGUUCAAGGCACUUCUGCCCGUGGCCUAUUCUUUCCUGCAGGCAAUUCUCCUCGCCUAACUGCUUACAGCGACGUUGAUUGGGCCGGUUGUGCUGAUACGCGUCGAUCCAGCACUGGUUGGUGUGUGUUCUUAGGUGAUGCAUUGAUCUCCUGGAAGAGUAAGAAGCAAGACAGAGUUUCUAAGUCUUCUACAAAAUCUGAGUACCGGACAAUGUCUCUUGCUUGUUCCGAAAUUAUUUGGCUUCGAGGUUUGCUUGUUGAGCUAGAUUUUUUUUAG